AUGGACAAAAACGCAGAUCUCUCUUCACUCAUCAAGAGUUUGAUCCAACACUUUGGUUCACCGGAAAGUGUUGCCAAACAUCUCUCUGCUCUUCCACAGAUGGUCGAAACCACCGAAAAACCCUCUUCUUCCCAAGCACCGGCGGAAGUCCCAGGUGAAACCAUUACUCCAGCUCCAUCUCCAAAAGGUUCUCCGAAGAGGAGCACCAAUGAGUUCUCCGUUGGGACUGAUGUUGCUCCUAUCUCUCUGCAAAUGGUGGAGACUCCCAUCAAUCCUGAGCCGAUCUCCACUGUUGCUCCUCUUGAGAUUUUCCAUUCACCAAAAAUGGCGCCUCAAGCUGGUCCUUCUCUUAAGGUUGACGAAGAACUCAAAAAGGGGAAAUCUCUUUUCAAAAACCCUACUGUUCAAGCGGCCCCAGAAAAAUCCACAGUGCCUUCAUCUCUUGCUAGAAUUGGGGAGAUAGCCAAAGAGGCUCUUCUUGAUCUUGCCUCGCAACCUGGAUCAGAUGUUGAUAAAGCCUCUGUUGUUGCUGAAGAAGAAUUUGCAGAUGUUGGCGACAAACCCACAUCCAUGGAUGUUGAUGAAACUGAAAGGAUUCCUGAUGUUGAUCAGGAUGUUGAUCCAGAAGAGAGCACAUAUGUUAUUGAUGUUGAGACCUUUGUCCUUGACAAGAAAAGCGGGAAACGAAAAGUUUGUAUGGCUUCUCUGAGGCGAUCCUCAAGAUCCAAAUCCACACGGGUGAUUCCAUCAACUCUCAACCUUCCUAGUCGAGAAGACAGUGUUGUUGGUCCAACAUCAAAGCCAACAGUGCUCAAGCCAAAGGUUGAACACUCUCCUACCUCGAAGAGCGGGAAGGUUGAGGUUAGUAAGUCGUAUUCUACUCAUUUUUACACUCGUGAAGCAAAUAAUGCGCUUAAAGUGUUGGCUGCUAGGAAGUUUUAUAAUGAUAGACGUGCGGAUAAGGAUUUCUUUUCAAAGUUUAAGCUUGAUGUCCUAUUACAAGAUAGGGGUAUGUGGGGUAAUGUUAUCAAUAUUUUUGGCUAUGAUGCUGAGAUUGUUAGGGAGUUCUAUGUUAAUCUGAUGCCGGAGGCUUUUGAUUCAAAAUCUGUUAAGUAUGGGAAAAUAUUUGUUAGGGGUAAGGUCUUUAAUUUCUCUCCAUCCGUUAUUAACAAAGCAUGCUACACUGCGGAUACUAACACUGCUGAUGUUGAGAUUGAUGAUGAUGAGAUGACUAGGGAGUUAACUGGAGGAAAGCUUAAGUCUACAGGAGGUAGUAUGCUUCUAUUUCCCAGCUUCAUCUACAAUCUCUUGGUUAAGAAAGGACUCGAGGAGAGAGAGGAAGUUGUGCUUGUUGAAGAGAAGAACUUGCUCGAGUUUUCCAAAACCCUUCUCACUCCUGAUCGUAUCAAAGAUCUCCCUUACGAGCCUCCUCGUACUGGUCCUCACUACUCUCCUCAGCCUGAUGAUAAAGCUGGCUCUGCUGAAGCUGAGAUCGACAAGUAUGGUGAAGCCGAAGAUGUUGAUUACACAACUGGUCCAGAUGUUGACCUUGAUGUUGCUAACAUCUGA